AUGCGAUUAUCGCGUAGCAUUUACUUCCUACGUCAAAAAUGCAUCAUUUUUCGUCAAAAGUGUAAAUUGACGGAGAACAGUCCCAUUCGUGUACGUUUCGCUCCAAGUCCUACAGGUUUUAUGCAUUUAGGCGGUUUACGUACUGCCUUAUUUAACAAGUUGUUUGCUGUGAAACACUCGGGGAAAUUCAUACUACGUAUUGAAGAUACGGAUAAGUCCAGAGUUCAACCAUAUGCUAAGGACGAUAUUAUCGAGUCGCUUCACUGGUCUGGACUAACUCCUGACGAAAGUCCAACCACUGGUGGAAAUUAUGGUUCGUACAUUCAAUCGGAAAGAAGACCCCUGUAUUCAUCUAUUGCUCAAAAGUUAAUUGAUGAAGGAUUUGCUUAUCGAUGCUUCUGCUCUUCAGAACGACUAGCUAUCUUACGCAAGGAACAAAGUCGUCGUAGGGAACCUCACCGUUAUGAUAAUCGUUGCCGUAAUUUAUCUCAAAGGGAAAUCGAUGAAAACUUAUCAGCUUCUCGGCCAUAUGUUAUUCGGUUCAAGAUUGAUAAUUCACCAAUAGAAGUAAAUGACAUCAUUUAUGGAAGUUCUGUCUUCAAUUCACUCAAUUCUGAAGGAGAUUUUAUCAUUGUGAAAUCCGAUGGUAUGCCUGUUUACCAUUUGGCCAACGUAAUUGAUGAUCAUUAUAUGGAAAUCAGUCAUGUUAUUAGAGGAUUUGAAUGGUUUACUUCCACGCCUAAGCAUUUGAUGCUAUAUAAAGCUUUAAAUUGGUCACCUCCACAGUUUGCACAUCUUCCUCUGUUACUUUCCAGUUCAGGUGGUAAACUGUCUAAACGUAGUCCAGAAUUCUCUCUUAUCGGUAGUGUUCACAGUUUGCGUAAGGCUGGUUAUAUGCCGUCUGCCGUAUUGAAUUGGUUGACAUCCACCGGAGGUGGUGUCUGUCAUGAUGAUUCUAACGAAAAGGGCGACUUUUCGAAUAAGUGGAGGCCUGAAUUUGAAUUCUCUGAAUUAGUUUCUCGAUUCAACUUAAGUAAUAUCAAUCGUCAUAACGCUCAUUUAUCAACAGAUUUGUUAAAAAUAUGCGGCCAAUUUCAUUUUGAUAAAGCUGUAAACAAUGCAUUGGAUUAUUGUAUAAUGCAUCAAAAGCAAAGUAAUCAGACCACUUAUAAAACUCCACAAAUACUAGAAACAAUUAAAGAAUAUCUGCAGUCAAAUGUAGAAAACUUAUCGAUUGGUAAAAGUCAAUCUGCUCAAAAUGAUUUGCGUGUGUUGAAACGAUUGCAACUCUUGAAAUGUCGUAUUCACUGCUUAGAUGACUUAGUCGACCCCGAUAAUGGUUUCUUAUUUAUGUGGAAGUCUCCAGAUUUAGCUACUUGUGAAGGCGUUAUCACUAAAAUUUCUAUCAAAAUACCUUUAGAAGAUAUACUCAGAUUGUUUGGAUGUUUUGUUGAAGAAAUGAAUCAUAUUCUUCAGAAAGAACAAGUGAAUGAUAGCACAGAUUUAAACUCCGAUGUGAUAACAACUUCCCUUCAGAGUGUCUGCGAACGUUCAGGAGUUGAACGUAAGACUGUAUUGCACCUAAUCAGAUUAGGCCUUAUAGGAUUCGAGGUGGGGCCUCCUGUGGUCGAACUUAUUCAAUUGUUGUCCAUACCAGAAGUGACUAAUCGGAUAAACAAUCUAAAGAAUUUUUUAAUACGGAACUGUUCUCAAUCUCAUGAAGCUUUGUAA